CUAAAUGAUUCAAGCUGAAGCUUUCUGUCUGAUGAAGAACUCCUCUGUGCUGAUUUAAAACAAAUGUUAGUCACAACUUUCCAAUGGCUCUUCACACAUCGCAUGGUCUCCAGACCAACCAGGAUCAGCUGUGAUUGGCUGUGGUUUGUUGUGAUUGACUGUGAUUGGUUGUGAUUGGUUGCAUUAUUGGGACACCUCCAAAUGGAAGGCAGGCCACCCUGAACGCCUCAGACAAGCUGGAUCUGCACAGUUCCCAUGUGUUUCACAGAGGAGGUUUCUGCACCGUCAUCAUCAGUUCCAGUCCUGCUGUGGAAACAUCAGAGACCUGAUGUGAAACCAUGAAGGAGAGUUUUUCUGCCUUCCUGUUGGAUAGAUUCAAACAGCACUCUGCGUUUAUCUCUAAAUUUUCCGGAUGUUUAACAUCCAAAUUCAGCACAAGGCGAUGCGUAAAAGAGACGAGUCAGAAGCCGGAUUCCCGCUGCUGGAUGAAUUUUGUAUCGCCAAUACAGAGUAUUCCUACAUAACUGACCAGGUUCUGCGGGAUGUUCUGUUCGGCUCCACCAGACUGCGAGUGCUGGACCUACGAGGCUCCACACGGAUCACGACUUUUGGUCUGGCCCAGUUACCGUGUUCAAAGCUUGAGUGUUUGUUCUGGGGUCAAUAUUUUACUAAAAACAUCGGAUUCACGUCAGUGAAGAAGAACCUUCAGCUGCUGAUGGAGAAGUGGGGUCCGACGCUGCAGCAGCUCGACAUCACCAAUCAGCCAUUUACCGAGGCCGACCUGGAGGUGGCGCUGACGUUCCUCACUCAGGUUGCUGAAGCUGACACGCUGCUCUCGUUGAACCUCAGUGGCACCAAGAUAACAGCGCAGGCUCUCAGGCCGGUCAUCGAACAAAUGACGGCUCUGGGCUACCUCAAUCUGUCAUCGUGUCGCAACCUUCCAAGAGGAGUGAAAAAGAUUUACCGCAGCCAGGAAGAAAUCCGUGAGCUCUUGGCCAAUCUGCACUGAGUCUCUUAUUCAGCUGAACAUUUGGUGCUUCGUGCCUUUGAUAAUGUUGGAGAACUGAGUUUUCUUUCUGAUUCUUUUCUAAAUGUUAAAAAAUUAAAGCUGUUCCAGAAGGCAUGGGAGGUGGUAAUAAUAAUGCAUUUUAUUUAAAAUACCCUUUAUGUAUCAAAUUGAAAUAACAAAGGGCUCAUUACAGGGCGAGCUCCCACCAAUACUGCACUCACUUCACUCAUGCGUCUGGCUUUAUUCCCAACACACUCCGGUAGGAAGCGGUUCAGACCUAUGGACUCCUGGGCUUGGAUCAUUUUUAUUUGAAAAUAUUUUAAUACGUUUUAGAAUGUCUGACCAAUUUUUUAAUAAUUCCUCGUAACUAAAACAUUUUACAAGUGAAAAUAAAAUGUGUUUCUAGAAAAGGUGUUAUAUUAUUUUGUUGCACUAGAAGGUGCUAUUUUAAGGAAGAACAGAAAAGACAUUUCUCUGAACUUCCUUUCUGGAAAAUUAUUGAAAACAGUAUAAACAGACUUAUUGUUGAACUUCAUGUUUUUUCUGGUGGCUAAAGUGUGAAAGCCUCGUUAGCACUAGACCCGAAACAUAAAAUAUAACAGUUGCUCGUUAAAAGAACAAUAUUUAAGAAAAAGGUAAACAUUGCAUCAUUUUAUUGGACCUCAUAAAAGGUGGAAAAGGGGAAGUAUUCCCUUGUUCCAAUUACAUCCACA